ACAGAAAACUUUGUUAGCUACUUGCUAACUUCGCUCUAUCGUGUCUUUGAAAUGUUACCAGCCUGACACAGCGCCCCACGAAUCCUCGAAAAGAUGGAUUGCCAAGGACAGGAUGAUGGAGAAUUCUGCAGAUUGAAAUAUUUAGUGAACAGCAAAACUGAAAUUGGAAUAAGAUUGCAACGGUUUUUGGAGGAAAGGAUGCAGACCACCAUGCUUACAGGUGUGCUGAUUGGAGCGGCAGUCGCUGUCUCACUCAUUGGGAUUGUGGUGCUCUUCCUCUACAGGAGAUUCAAGCUCGCUCGUGCAAAACAGCCUGGUGUACCACAGUAUCGCUUUAGGAAACGAGAUAAAGUGCUCUUCUAUGGACGGAAGAUAAUGAGAAAGGUCCAGACGCUGUCAGCGGUUCCUCCUCCCAGCUCUACCUCAGUAUCUAAGCAACCGCAGCGCAUUCGCAAAAGAACCAAAGUUUUAAGCAUAGCUCGCAAAAUCCUGAGGAUCAGAAAAGACCCCCCCACCCUGCAGCCCAAGGAACCACCCCCCUCCCUGCUGGAGGCUGACCUGACAGAGUUUGAUGUUCAGAGCUCAAACCUUCCCUCGGAAGUCCUCUAUAUGCUGAAGAAUGUCAGGGUCUUGGGUCACUUUGAGAAGCCCCUGUUCCUUGAGCUGUGUCGCCACAUGGUGUUUAUUGAGCUGCAGGAGGGCGAGGGUCUGUUCCGGCCAGGAGACGAUGACGACAGCAUCUACGUGGUACAGGACGGACGACUGGAACUCCGCAUCCAGGAGACCGAUGGUACAGAGCCAGUGGUGAAGGAUGUGGUCCCAGGAGACAGCGUCCACAGCCUGCUCAGUAUCCUGGACAUCAUCACUGGUUAUCCGGCUCCCUAUAAGACUGUAUGUGCUCGUGCCGCUACCCGCUCCACCAUCCUACGUUUGCCUGUGUCAGCCUUUGAGUCUGUGUUUAAGAAAUACCCAGAGACACUCGUUCGCGUCAUUCAGAUAAUCAUGGUGCGCCUCCAACGAGUCACCUUCUUGGCAUUACAUAACUAUCUGGGCCUAACCACUGAGCUCUUCAAUCCGGAGAGUCAGACGGUGCCCUUAUCCAAUAUCAACAGUGUGAUAGGAGAGGUGACUUCUGGGAAGACCACUCGCCGCUUGCACUUUCAGGACGAGUUGCCAGCAGGGCCCACGGAGAGCCCCACAGAGACAGAUGGUGUAAAGGACAGUCCUUCAAACAGCAACAGGAAGCUGCGAUCCUCCUCGAUGCCCACCGACAGCGCAGUUGCAGGAAAUGACUUGAACAUGGCCUAUGAACGAGCACGAGUCACUAAAGAUGAGGCUCCACCCAGUCCUGCCACUCCCAAAUCCAAUCUGAAGAAGAGUGUGACGAUGCAGCCCACGCCCUCUGAAGUGUUUCACUGCACGGACGGUGGGGGGCACCAUGAUGCUGCGAACCUCAGUAAGAGCUGCACAAUCUUCCAGGCUGCCAAAAAGGACCUGCUGGGAAUCAUCCAGCUGCAGGACCCCAGUCUGCUGGAUGGCAGAGUGACCCUCCAUCAUGUCAAAGCUGGUUCUGUGGUGGCUCGUCAGGGAGACCAGGAGGUGAGCAUCCAGUUUGUGAUUUCUGGCCUCCUCCAUGUUUACCAGCGGAUGAUCGACCGUGAAGAAGAGACGCGUCUGUUUGUCACGCACCCCGGAGAGCUCGUGGGUCAACUAGCCGUCCUGACCGGAGAGCCCCUCAUAUUCACUGUUCGAGCCCAGAGAGACUGCAGCUUCCUCUCCAUUUCCAAAACCCACUUCUAUGAGAUAAUGCGUGUGGAGCCAAAGGUGGUGCUGAACGUCGCUCACACUGUGGUGAGGAGGAUGUCAUCUUUUGUCAGACAGAUAGACUUCGCUCUCGAUUGGAUGGCUGUGGAGGCUGGCAGAGCGGUCUACAGGCAGGGAGAGAAGUCAGACAGUACUUUCAUAGUGCUGAGUGGUCGACUGCGCUCUGUGAUCUUGAAGGAAGAUGGCAAGAAGGAGCUGAUAGGAGAGUACGGACGUGGAGACCUGAUUGGAGUGGUGGAGGCCCUGACCCAUCAGAACCGAGCCACCACUGUGCACGCUGUGCGAGACUCCGAGCUGGCCAAGCUACCAGAAGGAGCUCUCAGCUCCAUCAAGAGGAAAUACCCGCAGGUUGUCACCAGGUUGAUCCACUUACUGGGGGAGAAGAUCCUCCAGCAGGUCAACGGUCCUCUGACAGCUCGCAGUUUAGCCCUUCACACUCCGGGCAGUAAGUGGGAUGCGGGGAACCAAGCCUCCAACCUCUCCACGGUGACGGUGCUGCCUGUAUCAGAAGAAGUGCCUCUCACCGCCUUCACCCUGGAGCUGCAGCAUGCACUCAUGGCAAUAGGUCCCACGCUUCUGCUGACCAGUGAUGUCAUUAAACAGCGACUUGGAGCUGCAGCAUUAGACAGUGUCCACGAGUACCGUCUGUCCAGCUGGCUGGGCCAACAGGAAGACAUCCAUCGCAUAGUUCUGUACCAGACGGACUACACACUGACCCCCUGGACGCAGCGCUGCAUCCGUCAGGCCGACUGCAUCAUUAUCGUGGGACUAGGAGAGCAGGACCCUGCCGUGGGGGAGCUGGAGCGCAUGUUGGAAGGAAGUGCGGUGCGGGCCCAGAAGCAGCUGGUGCUGCUGCACCGAGAGGACGGUCCCCCACCCAAAGGAACUGUGGACUGGCUCAACAUGCGGAGCUGGAUCUCCAGACACCUCCACCUCUUUUGUCCCCGAAGGGUCUUCUCUAAGAGGAGCCUGCCCAAACUGUUGGAGCUGUAUCUACGUGUGUUUGAGAAGCCUGCAGACCGCCACUCAGACUUCUCCCGCCUGGCUCGAGUCCUCACAGGAAACUCUAUUGCUCUCAUCCUGGGAGGGGGAGGGGCCAGGGGCUGUUCCCAGGUGGGGGUAGUGCGAGCUCUCUGUGAAGCCGGCAUCCCAGUGGACCUCAUCGGUGGCACCUCUAUAGGCUCCCUGAUGGGGGCAAUAUACGCUGAGGACAAGAGCCACAGCCGCAUGAGGAUGAGGGCCAGAGAGUGGGCCAUGGGGAUGACAUCGGUAUUCAAGAAGAUUCUGGACUUGACGUACCCAGUGACCUCCAUGUUCACCGGCGCUGCCUUCAACUCAAGCGUCAGCAAUGUCUUCAAGGGCAAACAGAUUGAGGACCUUCGGAUCCCAUACUUCAAUAUUACAACUGACAUCACUGCCUCCGCCAUGAGAGUACACACUGAUGGUUCUCUGUGGCGGUAUGUUCGUGCCAGCAUGUCUCUGUCUGGGUAUCUACCUCCGCUCUGCGACCCCAAAGAUGGACACCUGCUGAUGGACGGAGGCUACAUCAACAACCUGCCAGCUGAUGUGGCGCGCUUCAUGGGGGCCAAAGUGGUGAUAGCUAUCGACGUGGGCAGCCGGAAUGAAACCAACCUCACUAAUUACGGAGACUCACUCUCAGGCUGGUGGCUGCUAUGGAAACGCCUCAACCCCCUAGCUGAGAAAGUAAAGGUGUUAAACAUGUCAGAGAUCCAGACUCGCCUGGCCUACGUGUGCUGCGUGAGACAGCUGGAGUCUGUAAAGAACAGCGACUACUGCGAGUACAUCAGACCUCCGAUCGACAGAUACGGCACUCUGGAGUUUGGCAAGUUUGACGAGAUUGCUGAGGUGGGAUACCAGCACGGAAAGACUGUGUUUGACGUGUGGAAGCGCAGCGGAGUGGUGGAGAAAAUGUUGAAAGACCGACACCAGGAGGAGUUCCACAACACCCAGAGCAAGAACAAUGUGCUGACGUCUCCCAAUGCCUCCUUCACUGACCUGGCAGAAAUCGUGUCCCGCAUCGAGCCCGUCAAACCUGUCCUGGUGGACGAGGAGUCAGACUUCCAAACUGACUACGACGAGGAGGCUCUGGAGAGCGCUCUGUCUGACAUGGAGCUCUAUAACUGCUACGGAGAGCCCACUGAGGGGGAGGAGACUGCUGACACGGCGUGAACACACUAUGGCCAUUCUUUUCUUUAAAGAAGCCAAUGCAUUUGAGUCAUGUCUAAAACAAUGGAUGAACAGCUGGAUGAGAGACGUGCACGCCGCAUCACCUCACCCUCCAGCAGCCAGGCCCCCCCCACCACGUCCCUGACAGUCCGUCACACCAGGAAGUCCUUCCCAAAGAGUCCAUGAAGUGAACACUGCUGCAAUGACCUCUAACUGAAUCAGGUCACCCAAAAUGUAACCUGUCUGUCUUUCCACCCCGCCACAAAACCUGUCCCCUACCCCUGUCGGCAUGACGACGAGAACCAUUGUGCCCUCUGUAGCCGAGCGUCGUUAAGUUUGGCUGACUUACGGACGCCCCCCCUUUUAAAAAAACGAUUACAAGCAGCGAGUCUCGCAAUUACUCAGCUGCAAAUCCUAUGCAUUCCUUUUACACAAGAGCAGCUGCAUGCAAAUCAUUUCUCAUAUUGAGAGUCAAGAGUACUUGCUGUAGCUUAACAUGAAUAACACCAGGAGAGGUGAGGAGAUAUUCAUUAAGUGAGAACUAUUACUUAUGGCUGAUUAUGCUAGGAAGACAGAUGUAUGGUGUCAGUUAACCUAUAUUCCAAAAUACCUUUGUUUCUCCCCUUCCCUGUUAUCUAGACAUGCAGAUAGUUUUCUUAUGAAGCAAAUUCAACUUUUCCGAAUAGAACAAAUAUUCUACAAUUAUAAUAAUAAUGGCAAUUUUUGACUGACCACAGGUAAAGUUCUCUUCACAGUAAUGUGACUGAAGACAUUCUUUUUUAUUUUAAGUGGUCACAAAGACAUUCUUGUAAAUCAAAGCUCUGAAUAAUCAGCAAUGUCAAGAGUUUUCAUCAGGUUUAAUUCCCUGAGUAGAACAUAGAUCAAGUGCACUCUGCUGACAGUGAUGUUUGAGCAUUUUUUAUUUUCUGAAUACAUUUCUCUAUAAAACACCUUAUGUGUAUUUUCUGGGGCAGAAAUCUCAGAAACGUGGUCAAACAAGGGCAGAACUAUCUACAUGGCUAGAUACCACUAGAUAGACAAAUGCGUUCAGGGGCCACUUUAUGAGGUGUACCCGUAAAUCUAACGUCAAUACAACACACUAGCCAUAUAUUCUACCUUUACCAAUCCUAUGAGGUUGUGCUUGACUGCAUUAUAUUAAGGUGUUUAUAUUCGUUGGCCACAUUAACCUACAUUUAGGGUGGCAGAGUAUUCAAAAUACAACUAAUUAGAAUGCAGUUGUACUCUAACUAUGAUCUCAAUGCUAAAACAUGGUGGCUACACUGAUCAUGGGCAGCAUAUCAAGUAGGCUUCAUGGCAGAACAGUUGUACUGCAUUGUACAUUUCUACCUGAUAAAGUGGCAUCCAAAUAUAUAACUGUUCUAAGCUCACUUGCAUUCUUUAACUUUUCUACAUUCAGUCUUUGUGACGAUCCACAUCGACAACCGUCAUUUAGAAAAGCAGAAAGAGAUCAGAAUAAGCCGCACACUGUGGCCAUGGCUGUCAGCACAGCUUUGUCACACGCAGCGUACCAGGGACACGGAGGGAAGUAAUGAUUGCAUUCCACUUCAAAGCACUACUAGAUCAACCCCCCCCCCCACCCGCCCCCACCCGCUGUUUCUGGCUUGAGUCGUACACAGACUGAGCAGCACUGUGGAUCUCUAGGGUGACGCUCCACUCGCCUCAGUACAGUUUGAGCUAUUUGCAGCAGCAGAUCAGUUAUUCACAGGAACAUGUUGUUACUUGGCUUGUGGACACAGGUUCUAACUUGUUUCCAGUGAUUUGGAUGUAUUUGUGUCGUGACAUUGUCAUAUGAUUUUCUUUGCACACCUAAUAAGUUAAUUCCACAAAAUGAAACCAAUAAUGUAGACAAACUAAACCCUAGAUGGUUUUUCACACAAUAACUGGACAAUCACUCCAGAAAUGCAAUGCACAAAUACACUAACAGAUUGAGUUCAAAUCUUGUUAAACAAACCUCUCUGUAUGACAUUUAACCAAUUCUUUAAGAGCUAACUUUACACAAAUUACAUCUAACAAGUAUUAGCAAUUGAUUUGUGUGAUCUUUAUUGGUUCAGUUAACAGAUUUAUAUUUUUGUCUAUACGAAAGAAAUGGAUAUGAAAAUGCCUUAGAGCCGAAGAUGCCAUCUCUGCAUUUUAUUUGUCGUCUCAACCGUCCAAAACCCAGAAUACCUCAGUGUAGUAUAAAGUAUUAAAAACAAUUCCUGUAGCUGAGAAACUGGAACCUUUUAAAUGUUUGGCAGUCUUGUUAUUUAUGAACAAUUCAUAAGUUAUCAAAGUAAGUAGUAUUUCCGGUAAUGAUUAAUCACCUUAUUACAUGAGCCAUAACAAAAGUGCUUAACCAUUUUGGUUCUGAAAGAAUCAUGAAUAUAUACUUGUAUAUACUUUUUAUUGACAAACAUGUCAUUAUCUGGCCAACAAGUGUUGUUACAGUGACUGUAACACGUGUUGAACAAACACGUGUCACGUACUGUAUCUGUAACAUUCAAUGCAGUUAGAAUAUCAAUGCAACUUUUCCAGAUAUUAUUUUCUGAAUAUAGCGUCCUGCGGCUAACUGGUGCUACAGUGCCUGCAGCCUGACAGCAGGAGAAACCUUGUGAUAAACACUUUGGGAUCCCAUAUGGUGUUGGAGAAAUGGAGUCUGGACACAUUAGAGAAAAAGCAGGGAUGGGAAAAUAUUGUUUACCAAGGAGGUGAUGGUUUUUUGCACUGGUGUGUGUUUUUAUUUUUACUUUUGGGUGGUUUCCAAAAACCAAGCACAAUGAAUUGAUGUUUUCUGGCAGAAUGAAUGUUUCUCUACUUUACUAAAUGGGACAUGGUAAUGGAUUAAGUUCUUGUGUACUGUGUGGAACUGUGCCAUAAAGUUAAUGUGACAAAGCCUCAGAUGACCCUACAGAAACACAACCACUCGUGCCCUAAUUUAGGAUUAGUGUACAAUGAUGAAUGUUUACCUGGACUGUAUGACAUUGGUUACUUGUCUAUAUUUAUGUCAUUUGAUAAAUGUUCUUUUUGAUAAUCAAUUCUUACUAAUAAAUCACUGUUUUGCUGUUGUA